CCGAGCCAGCGCAGCCCGAUCCCGCUCAGGUACCGCCGGGACCCCGCGCCGCCCCCCGGGCUGCGGCACAGGGAGGGAGCGGAGCGGGGGGAGGACGAGAAGGGGGCUGCGAUCUGGAGCCGGACCCCAGCGCGACCCCCGCGCCGAGCCAGCCGCCCCGGGUGUCCCGCAGCCGCCGCCGCCGCUCGUCCCGUCCCGUCCGGCCAUGCGAGCCCCGGCCCCGCUGGCGCUGGGUUGCGUCAGCUUCGCGCUGUGCCUCCUGCAGCUGCCCCACGGCCGGGCCCUGCCGCCGCGCAGGGCCCCCCCGGCGCGGAGCCCCCCGGAGGGGAUCCCCGCUCUCCCCGGAGACCCCCCGGCCCCGCAGCCCAUCGGGACCCUGCGACACCGAGCGCCGGUUCCGCGGCACGGCCCGUGGGUCGCCCUCCGGCACCGCCCGCUCGCCCCCCGGCCCCCGCCGUGGCACGUCCGGCGCCUCAUCCUGCGGCACGACCCCCGGCGGGACCCCCGGCGGGACCCCCGCCCGGCCCGGGGCCGCCGCCACGCCGGGCGACACCUGGUGCGGGUGGGCUGCGUGCUGGGCACCUGCCAGGUGCAGAACCUGAGCCACCGCCUGUGGCAGCUGCGGGGACAGUCGGGGCGCCGGGACUCGUCCCCCAUGAACCCCAACAGCCCCCACAGCUACGGCUGAGCGGGGGGCGCGCCCCCGCCCCGCGGGACCCCCUGAAGCACCGCCGCGGGCUCCUCCGCGCCGCCCGCGCGGGCCGGGGGUGGCCCCGGGGGGCUCCUGCCACCGCAACCUCCGGACGGAGCACCAGGGGCUGCCACGCGGUGGCCGCUGAUGGACAGGAGCCGGCAGCGGCGCCGUGGGCGCCGGUGGUGGCCCGUGAUGGCCCAACGUGAUCCGUGGUGGCCAGCGGUGGCUCACAGUGACUGGCGGUGGCCCGGAGUGACUCGCGGUGACCGGUGCCGGCCCGUAGCGACUCUUGAUGGCUCAGAGUGGCCCCUGGCGGCUGGCUGGUGGUGGCCCGCGGUGACCCGGGGUGGCCCCUGGUGGCUGGCAGUGGCCAGUCCGUCCGGGGCGGGUCCAAGGGCCGCCGGGAAUCCCGCUGACCGCAGCAGCACCGGGACCUUGUGCAAGACCCUCCGGCCACGCUCCUGCUGACUCAGCGUUCCCGUGCCUGCUGUGGCACCCCCGGAGCCCCCCCGGGGCACCCCCAGCACCCCAGUCCUUCCCCAGGGUGACGCUGGGGCUGCGGGGGCCCUGCAAGGACAGGGCACAGGGACCCCACUCCGGGCUGGGGCACGGGGCAGCCCCCAGCACCUUCCCCACCUGGGGGUCCCGGUUGGGGCUGGCACCUUCCCGGGUGCUGGGGAGGGUCCUGCCCUCCUCAGCGUGAACAUUGUCCCCUCCCCUGGCACCUUGUCCCGUGUCCCCAGCCCGUGUCACCCACAGCCCGGCAGGAGCUGGCGAUGGGGAGAUGUCUCCAAAUGUGGGGGGCAGUGGAAAGUUUGGGGUCCUGUGCCGCACUGCUGCCCUGUCCCGGACCUGUCCCCACUCCUGGCCCUGUCCCCUGCUGCACCCUCGGGGACACCCCCACGUCACGUCCCCAAAGGCUCAGGGGGUGCCCACACGGGGUGGUGGCCCAUGGACACGAGGAUGUCACGAUGUGUCACAUCCCUGUCACCCCGGGGUGCCGCUGUCACCCCCCAGGGCUGUCACCUGCCAGGGCCAUCACCCCAUGGCCCGGUGGGACAGGGAUGUGUGACCCCAGGUCACUGUCCCACCCCCCUCCUGGGAGCAGCUUGAGCAGCCCCCCAGGAGCAGCAGCCCCCACUCCCUCCAGAACAGCCCUGUCCUCCCAGGGGCGCCCCAUUCCCAGAGCACCCCAUUCCCGGGGCACCCCCAUUCCAGGGCCACCCCCAU